CCAAGUUUGAACUUCUUUUCUUGUACUUUUCCCAAAUUUAUAUGCAUUUCGAAGUCCUCUUUCUGGGAAAGUUCAAAGUGUAUCUAUGGUCGCGGUUUCAACAGAUCUACAUGGAUUUCGAUUCGUAGACAGUCAAAAUUGUUGAACUGUUUUCGUUCAACAAAAUAGACUUUUUCUUUCUUUUUCUGACGGAAAAAUUCAUUUUAGUCGAUUUUGUUUAUCAUAUUAUGCAUUUGGUCAUAAUCUUCCUUUUUCUUUUUGCAGGUCAUAAUCAAAAGCACCUAGAGUCAUGGAUCCAACAUGGUCAUUAUCAUAUCCUGAAUUAUGGGAUGAUGAUAUUUCCAUGGUAGUAAGUCCAUUCCAGAUGAACUCCUCCUCCAUUGAUGAACAACCUAAUAAUAAUAGUAGUACUAAUUUGACCUUCAUCAACCCUAAUGAGGGAAAAUCACCACUUGCAUCUUCUCCUCCCCCACCAAUGAAUUCUUCCCAAUUCAUUUCCUUUGGGAACUCAGACUCAAAAGCAGCCAACUCCAGCCACCAGUUUGCGGAUAACGGGUUCGCGAACCACAGCGCUAAAGUUAAGGAAGAGAUCAACCAGAUGAUUUGUUUUAACAGCAUGGAUUUAUCCCCAAACAGCAACCAAUUGUCUUCUUCCGACGAGUUACAGUAUUAUCAGAUUGAUCAAGGUGAACCCGUUAAGAAAAGCGUUGGUAGGACGCCGUUACAGGCGAAAUAUCAUGUUAUUGCGGAAAGGAAAAGGCGAGAAAAGCUGUCCGGCCGAUUCAGGGAUCUGGCAGCUAUGCUUCCUGGCCUGGAAAAGUUGGACAAGUCAUCUAUCAUUGAAGGCGCAAUAAAUCGGUUGAAAGAACUCGAAAAGCGCCUUCAAGAUCUCGGGGAGAUGACAAAGAGAAUGAAGGAUGAUGAACAGGAAGAAUCAGCACUAAACCCUCGUGUGUAUUAUCAUUAUGAAGAAGAUUAUCCCCUUUUGAGAAAGAUGGUAAUCAGAAUCUCAAAUUUCGACGUAUCGAUCGAUGUCAACUGCAAAAGCAAAACUGGAUUAAGGGAAGAGGAGUUCGUUUGCGAAAUGGAGAAGCUUGAUUUGAAUUUCACAAACAGAAAGUUUACAACUUUUGGUGACAAUAUGCUUUGUGUUUCCGCAGCAGCCCAGAUGAACGAGAGGUUCUGUAGGAGAGAAGAAAAACUUGCAAAAAGCAUACGCCGCGCAGUCUUGAAGAUGAUUGUCAGAAUAGAGAACACAUAUGGUCAACAUUCUGAUUUCUGGUGAAAACUAGUAUUGCACAAGAUGCGGGCAACUUCAGAAAAUAAUGUAGUGAAAUGAAAUUAUAUUAUUAGAUUACUUUUUAUCUUUGUUUUGAUUUUUCAUAGAUAUACACCAAUAAGUGGUUCAUUCCUUCCAUCGUACACUUAAUUCAACAAA